CCUCCUCCUCCUCCUCCUUCUCGUCCUCGCCCUCCUCCUCCUCCUCCUCCUCCUCCUCCUCCUCCUUUGUAAAAACUGCGGGGCCCGACGCGCGAAGCCUGGCCACCCAGAUGCCGUGUCCUCCGGAGGCGCCGACGGCCUGUGCAUGAAGUACGGCGGUUCUGACUCCGGCGAGGCGGGCGAGAACAUUGCUCCCCAAGGCUUCUCCGUGUGCUUCGACUCCUACAAGAGUGGUGACGCCCCUGGAGACCACGUCCACGGCGACGACCACGGCGUGGUGAUGGGCUGGAACGGAGGGUCCAUCUUUCAGCAGAUCGGCUCGGGCCACUGGGCGGACGACAGCGUUCUUUUCUUCGAGGAUUCUACCUGGCACGAUGUCGUUGUGGAGGUCACGCCCAGCGGCAGCGGCGCGAGUGUGAUACUGAAUUUUGACGAAGGAUCCUACUACAGAACUGCCACGAUUGGUAGUUACUCAUCACCCGUUGGCAGUCAGCAGAUAGCCUUUACUGCAAGAACAGGUGCUUCUACCAAUUGGCACUAUGUCACGAAUAUCCAGGCGUGCACAGCCGCGACGCCCAGCCCGACGCCCUACCCUACGCCCUUCCCGACGCCCUACCCGACGUCAUACCCGACGGCCUACCCGACGGCCUACCCGACGGCCUUCCCGACGCCCAGCCCGACGCCCAGCCCGACGUAUCCUCCGACGCCAGCUCCGACGUCCCAGCACCCCUGGAUGCUGUUUGCAAACGUCAACCCUUGCGAUGGUGCGAACAUGGGGUACGCUGGGCCCUGGGCCAGCAGUACUGGAAGCGCUGCCACAGCCCUUACAAACGAUUUCGUCGACAGCACUGUGGGGACCACCCCAGUGAAGUACAUCACGAUCGCUCGACACUCGAACGGUGCAUGCGAGAUGUCCAAGACGUGGGAGCUCACCGAGUUCUUCCCGAUGCAGGAUUACUUCAACGACCUGAACCCAGGGAGGAUAUAUGCGACGGGAGAUGGCAGCGCCUCGGACACCCACGUCGGGUCGGACAUGCCAUCUUCUUUCGAUGGGGACAGCGUCCCGGGAGACCCAAUCUUUAGCGCCAACGGUGGGCUGGUCUUCAACUGGUGGUACUCGAACAACGGAGCUCGGAUUGCAGUCACUGGUGGCUACAAGGUCCCGUACACUCUGCCGUCCACGGGGGAGAACAACGACGACCUCCACGGCCUGGGCAACGAGCUCGGUGCGAACACCCAGGCAGGAGCCUGGCUCGACGCGGCGCUGAACGACGAGCUGGUGGACGACGCAGGGGCGCCGCAGGGCGUCGAGAUGCUCGAGGUCGAGGUCGCCUACCAGGCGGACACUUUCGGCAGAUUCAUCAAGGCCCGGCAGCGGGGCGCACGCCCCGCGGCCACGGUCUUCCACCUCUGCAGGUGCAGCGCCAACAAGUGCGGGACGGUCGCUCCAGCUGGCGCUGUGGUCGAGCACUUGGUCGUGUGGCAGGUAGUGGACCCCCGCGGCGUGGCCCGCGAGCAGGCGAAGCUCAUCUGCCCAGCAGCGAAUCCUGGGGCGCCUGUGCGGACCGACGCGCCCUCGGCCGAGCCACUGCCUGGAGAGGUCGGCGGCUGGCCGCUCGGGGAUGGGAGCAACAAAGUCGAGGAGGAGCCUCGCGGGCCUCCGCACAAGUGCGCCCGCGAGGUGGAGGGCACCCAGACCCCGGGCGGUCCAGGAGAGGCGAGCCCACUCGACCAGGAGAUCGCCGGGCUCGAGGAGACCGCCGAGGACCCCGAGCUCGAGGCGCGGCUGGCGCGGCUGGAGGGCAGGGCAGCUCGUGGUGUGCCGAGGCAGGGCACGCCCAAGAACGCUGCGCGCCCGGCAGGAGCCGUAGGCGAGCGCCUGGCACAGGAGGUUGCUGGCCGAGCCGCCGCUGCUGCCCCAGCGCGCACUGGCGCCUCGGGAAGGAGGAGCAGGCCAGCAUCGGCCGUGACCGCGGCGCUCCUGGACCGCGCCGACGACGACGUGGAGGACGGCGCGGAGAGCGACACAGGGCGCCUUGGGGGCCGCGACCGCUACCAGGGCGUGAGCAGCAAGCGCGACUUUGGGCUUGGCCACCUGCGCAGCCAGUUCACUCAGCAGUUGUCUGCAGGCGAGGCCGACCUGCGGGCCCCGUGUGUCGCACAGUUCCUGAACACGGUGUUCUUCGAUGCUCACCCGCCGCAGACGCUGGGGUCAGUCGAGGGGCGGGACCUCCGCCCGCCGGGGCUGGCGCUCGACGGCAUCCUGCGCGGGGAGGUCAUCAAGGCGGCGGAUCUGGUCGUGCUGGAGUUCAAGGCGCGGUCGAUGGCCAUCCGCGACGGAAACUGGCAAUCGGCACGAUGGCUCACGCUGGUCGCGCAGGAACAGCUUCCGUCAGGCACCUCUCUGGACGAGGUGAACGCUGCCGAGAAGGUCGAGGCCCGGGAGCUGAAGGUCGCCGAACACCACCAGCGACUUGCAGACCGCAGGCCGGGCUGGGGGCCUGGCCGGGAGCCGUCUCCGUUGCUGGGGGGGACGGCACCUGCAGGCCAUGGGCGCGCGGAGGCGCGCCGCCCGCCCCCUGCUCCCGGGACGCCAGUCUCAGGAUCGCCCGAGGCGAUGAGGAUCCUUGCCGGACGAGACCCAGGCGACGGUCCAGCAGCUCUCCGCGCCGGGAAGAAGCCGCCAGCAGCGCGGAGGACCAGCUGCAGUCCCACGCGGUCGGUCCAGCUCCUGAGCGACUCCGAGGGGGACCUCGACGCAGCAGCCGCCGCCCGCGUGCCACCAGCGGACGCGGCUGCAGGCCGGAGCUUCGCGCAGCACAAGGCGGCCCACCCGAGGCGCGAGGGCGAGACCCAGGCGGCGUGGAAGGCGCACAUUGGGAGGCCGCCGGCUGCCAAGAGCCGCGGCAAAGGCAAGACGGGGAGGAGCCGCGGCGCGAGCACUGCCCGCAGGACAGCCCGGGCCGCGGCCUCGCGCUCGCCCCCGCCUGCCCUCCGCCCGCCUGAGCGGCAGCUGCGCGGCAGCUCGCGGGCUCGGCGGUGGCGCCAGAUGCCAGCCGAGGUGGGCACAGGUGUCAGCUCCAAGUUCAGGCUCGCCCUCGCGGUCCACGAGGCGGUGCACGGUUCGCCAGGGGCGAUCGGGCGGUAUGUUUGUGAGAUGUGCACUUCGCCAGACCCCACGGCCAGCUUCGCGCGGCUGCGCGAGGUGUCGCCGUUACCGUUGCCCGACGCCCCACUCUUCGAGAGGCACCGUGCCGCCUGGCACUUGCACCAGCAGUUGCCGGAGACCUGCGAGGUGGACGCCGCCACGGCGCAGGGGUGGGCCCUGCUCGUGGACUUCGGCCUGAACUACCCGUACAUGGGGCACAUGCGUUGUCCAACCGUCGCCGCGAGGCGGCCCGCGGCAGGUCAGAUCAGUGCGCUCGGCAUUGUGCAGGAGGUGUGUGUGAACUUCGUUCAGGAUGCUGCCGCAGCGUUCGAGCUCCCGGACUGGGACCAGGUCAUCGCGUCGAAGACCGACUCCCACGGGGGCGAGGUGACGUCCCGCGCCCCGCCGCUCUCGCUUGCAGGCUACAUGCCAGGCCUCCCCGCGCAGGGCGUCCCCGCAUCGGUCAAGGCGGUCGACCUCGCGGACGCUCAGGCGGGCGCCUGGCUUGCCGGCCCCACGCUGGCUUUGCUCCCUCGGGAUGAGUCGCCUGCCGAGGUCCCGCGGGCGGCGAUCCAGGUCACGUCCAAGCAGGAGUGGUACCGCAUCUGGACCAAGCUCGUCGAGCUGGGGCUGGCUGCGUCGAUCGCCGACGACCGCAUCUUCAAGGUCGGGAGCCGCAGGGUGCUCGCUGAGGCGUUCGGGGACGCCAAGGGCGGCACGCGGUCACCCGGCCAGGCGUGCGUCCAGCGCCUGAUCAUCAACAUGGUCCCGGCCGACAGCUACCAGCGCAUCAUGAGGGACGACAUUGGGACCCUAAGUGCAUCGCCCUCGUGGGUCGCCGUCCCGCUCCCAGAGGGCCACAUGCUGCUCGGGUCCUCAGAUGACCUGGCCUCCGCUUUCUACGGCUGCGAGCUGCCCGAGGCUUGGCAGCCAUGCGUGGCCCUCGCGGAGGCGAUCCCGAGCGAGCUCAUCGGUGUGCCGGGUCCAGGGAAGACACACCUCGCGCUGCUCGUCUUCCCGUUGGGCUGGAUCAACGCGGACUCGGUGUUUCAGCACUGCCACAGGCGCCUCGGGGUCGGCUCUCGUCCCCUCGCUGCGGGGUUUCCCGCGGAUCUCGAGUGGCACAAGGACCGCCCACUUCCGUUCAAGUCGAGGGGGCUCGAGCAGCAGUGGGUCCAGUACUGCAUCGACGACUGGGACCAUGGCGAGGUGGUGCCCAGCGCGAUGGUCGCGGAGCUCAUCGGCGCGGUGAGCUGCGCCCCGGAGAAGCAGAGGGCCGCCUACGGCUGCUCGGGGACCAGCGUCGCCCCCGGCAAGGUCAAGCACCGCGCGCUGGUCCUGGAGCAGAUGGGCGCGGGGUUUGACGGGGCCGUCGGCCAUGUUGGAGUCACGACCGAGAAGCUGCACCAGUUGCUCGCGCUCAUCCUGUGGGGCGUGGGCAGACAGGGCCUCUCGACGCAGGGCAUGCUCAUGGUCCUGGGCAGGUGCGUCAGGGCAGCGGAGUUCAGGAGGCCUUUUGUGGGGUUCCUCAACAGCGUGGGGGCUGCUGGGUGCUGGACGCGACCGCAGGCUGUUCCCCUUGGCAUGUGCGACGAGCUCUCGGACUCCGCGAUGGCGCUGCCGCUGGCAUACACCGACCUGCGCGCAAAGAUCGACACUUGUGUCAUUGCGACCGAUGCCAGUGAGCGCGCUGGGGGCAUCUGCCACACGGCUGGGCUCUCGGCGCGGGGCGUUGCCUGCGCGAGGGGGGGAGCUUCAGCAGUGACUUUGCGGCCUGGUGCAGUUGCGGCUCCUGUGCGUGGUGCGCGGUGGCCCCCUCGCAUAGCUCUCAUCGAGCUAUACGCAGGCGCUGCUGGGGCCGCGGUGGAGGCCUCCAGACUCCCGAACGACGUGAUCGCCCCCGUCAGCUGCGAGGUUGAGCCCGCUGCCCGGCGACUGGUGUGUCGCCGCUGGGCGGGCGUGAUCGAGCUUGGCCUCAUUGAGGCCGUCGACACGGUGCGGUUCACGGAGAUGCUGAAGGGUUAUGCGCGGGACGCCGACCGGGUCGUCUUGUGCGCGGGAAGCCCGAGCCGAGAUCUUGCAAGCAUCAAUGUCGUGGGGACCGACCUAGAGGGGUCGAGGCCGAAGCUCUUCGUCCCGGUCCCCGAGCUGAUCCAGGCAGCGGAGGUUGCCUGUCCUAAGCGCACCAUGGUGUUCGUCGAGAAUGUGUCCAGCAUGACCCUGGAGUCGAGGGCGGAGAUCACCAGGGCGCUGGGAGUCACGCCCGUGUUCCUCGGUCCCAGGUGUCACGCUCUCAUCAAGCGGCCGCGCCUGUACUGGUGCUCGUGGCCCGUCACGGCGUUCUCGGCGUCCGACGCCACCGUCGAGACCAAGGGUGUGGGUGAGGCCGCGUACUUCAAGGUCUUGCUUGUGGUGGAGAGGCUCCCACUGAAUGCCUCGGUCUUGGAGGGCUGGUCGACGCUGGACCCAGAGGCGGACCUCCCGUGUUUCACGAGGCCGAUCCCGGGACGCCACCCGCCGUUCCGGCCCGUGGGCCCCGACCGCGCCUCGGUGCUGGCCGCGGAGCGCUGGGCUGCCGACAGCUACCGCUACCAGGUCGACAACGACGGGGACGGCAGCCUCAUCUGGGACGCGAGGCGUCAGCAGGGCCGGCUGCCCGUGCCUGAGGCGAGCUGGAACGUGGUCCCCGAUUUCCAGCAGCCAGGCUUGAGCUGGCAGCGGCCCGGGCACAUCUCGGCGCUGGUGCUGGAGGCUGCGGUGGAUGGAGCGCGCUGGAGGUGCCGAGCAGUUGAGAACCACCGCUGCCGCUACCUGCACAUUCUGGAUGCCCAACCGUUCACGGCAGUCAGCACCAAGGGCAGAUCGAGCGUGAGGACUUUGCAGCCCGCGCUCCGGCAGCUCAACUCCCUGCUCCUCGCGACGGCCGGGUACCCGCUGUACAAGUACUGCGACACCCGUGCAGCGCAAGCAGCAGCAAAGGUGAGCCGGGUCACGGCCCAGGCGAUGGCGCGACGAGCUGCAGCGAGGACCCAGCCGCUGAGGGAGGCGAUGGUCACGCCGCUCACCCUGCGGCGGUACCGUGCGGCGGUCGGGGAGGUCGUUGAUUUCUGGAUUCAGGAGCACCGCCAGCCGCAGACGCCCGCUCAGGUCGACGCUGGCGUGGUCGCCUUCAUCGAGAGCCGUUGGCUGAGCGGAGGAUCUUUAGUUGAAGUUAAUAAUGCAAUUGCAGGCAUCAGGCACUCUUUCCCGCCCGUGCGAGGGCACCUGCGAGACAGCUGGCGCUGGCCUAACGGCAACGCCUGGAGCCAGCUGCGCGAGCGCUGCCGAUCAGUCCUACAACAGCGUUCGCAGCGUGGCGCUGCGGCGGUGCUGGCAGCAGGCUACGACGCUUUCCACCAAACGGGUGAGAUGACCUCGUUCGUGUGGUCUGAUGUACAGCUGUAUCCAGUCCGCCAAAUGACCGUGCUGCAGCUGCGCAACACCAAGAGCCAGCAUCAGACUGGUGCCCGUCAGUUCGUGCUCCUGCUGGAGCUGCAAGAUGCCAAGCUCACUCUUUACAGCUGGCGUCGGGAGGCGCCCCCGCCGACUUCCGCAGCCACAGCUCCAUGA